UUUGGUAAACAUGUAAAAAUAUUAUUAGCAAUUUUCAAAAUUUUGACAGAAAUACAAUGAGAAUAAGAAGCAGAAAAAAAACUAAACAUCAAAUCGAAUUUAGUCAAAGCAGGGACAAACGCAACAACACAAUAGUCGAUAAACAGAGGCCUCAACUAAACCGCACAGCUGCUCGAUGCAAAAAGAAGGGCCAAAAUUAAAUAUAGAGAGAAAACUUGGUAAUUUUGGCCUCUGUGAUGGUCAACUCUUAAAGAUCUUGCCCGACUAAGAAUAGCUUGCAUAAGAUGACGUUAGCAUCCACCAACACGAACAGCCAGCCACGCCCGAGGUAAAGAACCCGCCUCAACGAACCGAACAUUUAUUCGGGAGAGAAAGAAGAUUACAAGGCACAUGUCAAAAUCAUUUGCAAACUGAUCCCGAGCCCAUGGUUUACAAAACCGUCACGACCACCCAUGCAGUAGCUCGUAAUACAGCUGUAAUGACCCACCACUCCCACCAUCUCCACUUCUUUCUCCAACCCCACCACUUCCAACUUCUUCUCCACCAUGUACACCUUCUUCCCCACCACCUCCAUCUUCUUUAAAAUUAAGAAAGAGAAAGAGAGAGAGAGAGAGAAAGAGAGAGAGAAGAAGAAGAAGAAGGGAGAAAGCUCACCUGAGCUCGUCGCCGGAGCCACCACACGCCAGACCGUUGAGCUCGCCACCACCAUCAUCCGCAACCAAAGCCCAUCAUCGUGUUCCUCUCGUCGAGACGAAGCCGUAGACACCAAGCACGCCUCAAACGAAGCCCGGACGAAGCCGUACGCGCCUCCAGAAAACCGCCCUUCGCGCGCGCGUGAAACGCACGCGCCGCCGCCGGAAAUCGUCGCCGCCGCAGCUCCGCCGUCGCCGCCGGCCAACUUUCCGAUAUGGAGUCUAUUUGAGCAGCUGGAGUUCAUAGACAACACUUUUCUAUUGCUAAGGUGAGACAAACAAGUAUGUGAUAUUUGGACGGACUUGGUGCUACUGGACUUUUCUUUCGGAUUUUAUUUGGGCAUGGGUGAGAGUUGUCGGGUUUAUGGGCUUUUAUAUUACGGGAUAUUAUUGGUGGCCCGUCGUCCUUAGUGUCAGGGAGACGGGUGUCACAUUGUUGUAUGAUGACGCGUCGGGGGUGACACGCUGUCCUCCAUAUAGGAGGUGACGGGUGUCACAAUUUGGUAUCAGAGCGGGUUCCAUCCCGGUUCCGUCCGGGAUGGCGGUCAGGGGAUUCGGUUUUCAUCGGUUUUCAACUUAAAAAAAAAAAAAAAAAAAACUAUAUAUUUAUUUAUACAUUUUGAAAUUCUUUUAGCACCAUUCUGUCCUGUAAUUACUAACUCAAAUGUCUCUUUCUAUGACGAUGAGUAAAAUCAUCGUCAUUCGUCCUUCGACUAUCAAGGUUCUCGACAGAUGUUCAGCAGUUGCGUGAAGUCCAAGUUCGUCAGUUUUCUCGGGAGUUAUCAGUUUCUUCGGUCAUGAUUUCGAGGCUAUCCAGGAGUGGAUAUGUGACAUUUCUGCCACCAGCCCACUUCAAGCAAUCGUUCCACGAGUUUUGUUACUGGAGAUUAUGUGGUGUGUGGUAUGAGCCAUUGGUUGGCAUGUGUUGUUGUGUGUACGAGUAUAUUGACUAUUUUGGAGAUAUAUUUUUUUUGUGAACUCGUGGAGAUCGCUUUUGAAUUGGGGUGCAGCAGCUUGCGUUGUGUGGGUGUUGGAGUUACACUUUGGUAUGUUUACCAAUUUUGGCAGUGUUGAUCGUUUCAGAGAUGUGUCAGUUUGGACAACUGACAUAGGACAUUGGGAGCUAUUUAUAUCCAUCGCAGUGUACCAGUUAUGCUUGGAGGGCCGAUUUGUUCGGAUAUUGAUCAGAGAUGGAGCUACGUUUUUACGAUGUUAUCCUUGGGAUGGAUUGACUGUCACUGCAUCAAGUAGUGUUGGAUUGCCUGAGGGCAAGAGUUCCAAUUGCUGGAGCAGAUGGAAGUUGUUAGUGCAUGCAUGCUACAUACUGAGGAGUUAUGGGAUACAAGGACAUAGAGAUUUUUGACUACCAUCUCGAUGGUUAAGGCUGAUGGCCAACAUGAGCUGCAGGAUCUUCCGGUUAUUGCAGAGUAUGAGGAUAUAUUUGUGACCUUUGGAACGGUCACCACAUGACACAUGAGAAACUCUUGCGAUUUGUUUGGAGCAAACAACACAAGUUUCACAAGUUUUAUACCGAUUAGCAUCAACAGAGAUGAAAAAGCUGAAAGAGCAUGUUGAAGAUUCAUCAGACAAGGGUUUUAUCAGACCGGGUACUUUACCGUGGGGAAUAUCAUCAUUGUUGUUGUAAACAAGAAAGGUGGGAGUUUCAAUUUUGUAUCGACUGCAAAGGUCUGAACAAAGUGACCAUUAAAGAUAAGUAUUGCUUCCGCGCGUUGAUGAAUUAUUGGAUUAUUUAUAGGAAGUUUAUAGUUCUUGAAGGUUGACAUGGCAUCAGAACACCAUCAGAUUACUAUAUUUGAAGAGUAUCUACUGAAUGUGAAUUUUUGUAUACAUUAUGGAUAUUAUGGGACGCAGUGAUACCAUUUGGCUCGACAAAGGCAUCGUUGCAUUCAUGAAGAUAUGAAUGACGUUUUCGUGAACAUUUGGAUAGGUGUGCGAUUGUAUUCAUCGAUGACAUCCUGAUUUAUUUUGGAGUAGAAAGGAGAUUUGUGAGCACUUUGCGGAUUGCAUUGGAUAAGCCUGGAGAGCAUCAGUUGUUCGCUAAGUUGAGGAAGUGUAGCUUCUGGCAGAGGAAUGUUGUAUUUUUGGAUAACAUGGUUUUGGAAGCAGAAUUUUGAUGGAUUCAAAGAAGAUUAAUACCGUUUCGGGAAGGUCGAAACCUAAGAGCGCUACAAAGAUCUGCCGUUCUUUUUGGGUUAAUAGGGUACUACUGGAAGUUCAUCAAGGGUUUCACCGGUAUAGUAAUGUUAAAGACGCGGUCUACAUGUAAAGACGUUAAGUGUGGUUGGAUAGAUUUUUGUUCGAGGAUUUUCACUGAAUUGAAGCACAACUAAUGAAGACACCAGUUUUGGGUUCUACUGAGGCUGAGGCUUACUGUGAUGUGUCAGAUACUGGAUUGGAUUUAAAUUAAGGUAUGAGGAUUAAGUCAUUCAUAUGCAUGACACCAGAGAUUCUGUAGUGGUAUUUGCGUUAUCGUUUUGGAGAUCGUAAUUGUACGGGAAGGAAGUUCAGAUUCUCUGAGAUUAUUAGAAUGUGAAAUUUAUCUUCAUUUAUUAAAAACUUGUACUUGGACAGUGCAGUUGGAUUGAGUUUGUAGCAGGCUAUAGUCUGGAUAUCGCAUAUUAUCUGGUAAGGACAACCAGGUGAUAAAUGCCUUGGAUAGGCGUAUGAGCUGUAUCUCAGGAACCAAGAAGGUUCAUGAGUUGGAGAUUUGCUAGUCUCAGGUUGGGUGCCAUUACUAUCAAUGGAGAGACAGAUGUCCUUGGGACUUUGGAGCAGGCAGUUUUGCUAUGGAGGAUACACAAGCACAAGUUAGCAUUCUGGAUUGGUUGAACAGAUCGAGAUUGGGAGUAUUGGAUAUCAUACAGCUUUGAGCAGGAUAUACUUGUACUGAAACCGAGUUUGUGUGUUGGACGAUAAGUUGUUAAGAAAAGGAAUCUUACAACAAACAUAUCACUCGUGUUUCUCUACCCAUCGGGAAGACCAAAGGGUACAAAGAUAUGAAGAGUUAACUAUAAUUGGUGUAGUAUGAAGAUGUUUGUAACUACAUUACGUCGCGGUGCCAGACGUGUUAUAUGGCAAUGACAGAGGAUCAGUUAUCUAUUAUGUUAUUUUUGAGCUUGCUUUUCCCGGAGUAGAAAUGAGGCAUGGUGAUUAUGGACAUUGUUAUUGGAUUUUAAAUCACCAUAUGUGGAAAGGAUGCCACAUGGGUAGUCAUGGAUAGACUUACCAAGUCAGCCCAUUUCCUCAGUAAUUAA